AUGGUGUGUGCAUCGGGUGUGGACUUUGUUGACGGACUCUACAGGGACACUCUUCCCCCAAUCAGCCACCUAGACUUGGAUGCAAUCAAGAGUGAUAGUAACGGGCAGUCUCGGUUCACCAUGCUGAAUGGACUCAGUAUCUCGACCGCCCCAAUGAGCAGUCCUACAACUACCAUGUAUUCCGGGCCUCCCGCUCCGUAUUCAUGCGCUCCUUCGACGGCGGGAUCUGCGUCAGGAUUGUCAGGUUAUAUCUCUCCUCCAGAGUCCACAACUCGACGCUCUACGCGGGACGAGAGAGAGUCACCAGGCCUACGCAAAUCACUUCCAUCGAUACACGAGGCGCUGGGUGACCGAUCAAUGUCACUCUCUGGCCCUCUGCCGGCCGCAUCCCAACAACCUCUGCUUGCGACUCCCACCACAACUGUAGGGCAGAGUUUCCCCGAUGGUCCAAAGGGACCCGCCAAUCCUUUUUCACAGCCUCCAGGUCCAGCACCUGUUCUCAGAGAUGUCUUUGCAGCCCCUGCAAAGAACGGCUCGCUACCUGACAAACCUCCCAUCCCUUCCGCUGACCCACGUCAACCGGUGUCUCAGCACUUUGGCUAUCCUGGGUCUCCGCCUUCUCAGCCGCCACCGCCUGCAUUCCGUUCCUCGUCACUAGCCAAUACGUCGUUUUCCAACCACAACGAUCACCUUCCAGCGACGUCACCUCAGUCCUACGAUCCUCCCAAAACGCAGUAUCCUUUACCUCAGUUCGGUGCUUCCGCAACCUCAAAUGUCCCAGUUCAGCAUGAACCAGUACAAUUUGGCGCUGGCACCAAAGGGGAUCUUUCCCGACCGCCAUAUUCCAGACCCGAUGAUAUUCAGUUCAGUGACAGCGUAAAGCGACAUUUGGACGUCUUUGAUGCAGAACUAGGAUUUAAUGAAAUUAGCGAGGCUUCCGCAGGGACGCUUGAUUUCGCCAGAGUGUGGGCUCCGCGCUUCCACCACGGUAGCCGCUCUGGCUAUUUCCACGAGGCGCUCCCAAGUCUGAGCGAAAUUGAUGACGCACUUCGCCAAUCGCAUCGUACUCUUGAGAACUUGACUCAUCUGCGGGAGUUGGUUCUUGUGAAUGAGAAUGCAAAGAUUGAAGAACGGGCUCGACAAGCUGAAGAAUACCGUGGCUUGCCUGAUGGGUACCGAAACCCCGGUCUAGCAGAUAGAGGCGAGAGAGACGCCAAAAAACAUCGACGUGGACAGAAGGCUGCACCACCAGGACGAUGUCAUAGCUGCAACCGCGCCGAAACGCCUGAGUGGCGAAGAGGGCCUGACGGAGCUCGCACACUAUGCAAUGCCUGUGGUCUACACUACGCCAAACUCACACGGAAAAUGGGUCUUAACAAGGCAGCAGCCUUGACGGGCUCAGGCUUGCGGCCAAAACAUCUAGACCAGACACGACCUUGA